CCUCCUCUCACUCGGUCAACUUUUCUCUUCCUGCGCCUGUCUUCUUCGUCGUCCUUGCGCUAUUCACAGCACGGCAUGCCGAGCAGAGAAGCGUCGGGUCCUUACUUGGGUGAAGCAAAGGUUCCAUUGUUGGAACCCCACCUCUCGGACCUUGUCCCCAAAGAUGAACAAGACCACGUCGCUCAUGAAACUCUAACGCGGAGAGUAUGGGUCGAAUCAAAGAAGCUCUGGCACAUAGUCGGCCCCGCCAUCUUCAGCCGCGUCGCCUCCUACUCCAUGCUGGUCAUCACCCAGGCCUUCGCCGGCCACCUCGGUGACCUCGAGCUCGCCGCAAUCUCCAUCGCCAACAACGUCAUCGUCGGCUUCGACUUCGGCCUCUUGUUGGGUAUGGCAAGUGCGUUGGAAACGUUAUGUGGGCAAGCAUUCGGAGCGAAGAAGUACUACAUGUUAGGAGUAUACAUGCAGCGCUCAUGGAUAGUUCUGUUCAUGUGUUGUGUGUUGCUGUUACCAAUUUAUCUUUUUGCGACGCCGGCGCUGAAGCUGUUAGGGCAGACGGAAGAGUUGUCGGAGCUUUCUGGGGCGGUGGCCAAGUGGAUGAUACCGCUUCACUUCAGUUUUGCGUUUCAGUUCCCAUUGCAACGGUUCUUGCAGAGCCAGCUGAAGACGGGGGCGAUUGCUUGGGUUUCUCUGGUGGCUUUGAUCGUCCACGUGUUUGUGAGCUGGUUGUUUGUAUACCAGUUUCAGUUCGGAGUGAUCGGAACCGCCGCCACGAUUAACAUUUCCUGGUGGGUUUUGGUGUUUGGACUUUUUGGUUACACCGCGUGUGGCGGUUGCCCUGAAACUUGGACGGGAUUCUCUAUUGAAGCUCUUUCUGGUCUCUGGGAGUUCGUGAAGCUCUCUGCUGCUUCUGGGGUCAUGCUAUGCUUGGAGAACUGGUACUAUAGAGUGCUGAUAUUGAUGACUGGGAAUCUUCAGAAUGCGGAAAUUGCGGUGGAUGCUUUGUCCAUAUGCAUGACCAUCAAUGGCUGGGAGCUCAUGAUUCCUCUGGCGUUCUUUGCGGCCACCGGGGUGAGGGUGGCGAACGAACUCGGGGCAGGGAAUGGGAAAGGGGCAAAGUUUGCGACGAAGGUGUCAGUGGGGACGUCAGUGGUGAUAGGGAUGGUGUUUUGGAUGCUGAUAAUGGCAUUUCAUGAUCAAUUUGGAUACAUAUUCUCUUCCAGCAGAGCCGUGCUUGAGGAGGUCAACAAACUCUCUCUCCUCCUCGCUUUCACCGUCUUGCUCAACAGUGUCCAGCCUGUUCUCUCCGGAGUUGCUGUGGGAUCAGGUUGGCAGUCAUACGUGGCAUACAUCAACUUGGGAUGUUACUAUCUAAUUGGGGUCCCUCUUGGAUUCUUGAUGGGUUGGGUUUUCCACCUUGGUGUUAUGGGGAUAUGGGCCGGCAUGAUUUUUGGGGGCACGGCAACUCAGACACUGGUAUUGGCUUUGAUCACCAUUCGCUGCGACUGGGACAAAGAGGCUGAGAGGGCAUCCUUGCACUUGAGGAAAUGGGAAAAUCCAAAGCAUGAAGUGGCGUAAUUCUAUUGGUCUCCUCAGUUAUAUCUAUAAGGGAUCCACCUCGUCCUUUUUUGACCCACACUGGCUCCAUGGAUGGAAUAAUUUAAUUUUCAAGGAGAAAAAAAAAAGAAAAAUAGAGAAGGGAAAUUAAAGAAAGAUGCAAAAACCAAAAGAGAAGAAACCUGAGAAGCUUGUCACAAAAAGCUGGAGAAACCUAUUUCGUUUUGGGCUGUGCAUUCAGCUAAAACUGAAUGGUAGGCCCAAAUUCAUAACAAUUACUAGCUUAUUAGUACCCGCUAUUGAUAAUCACAAUUCAUAAGCCCGCGUAAAUGAUCAAAUAUGUGUGGAAUAUUGGGAUCAUUAUUGGGCUCCUGAAAGUGAAGCCCAAUGGGCCUCCAGUGGCUUUUGUUUUAAGGGCCAGAGAGGCUCAAGUAAUUUAGUUACAUUUAUUCAUACUUUCUCUGUACCCCAUAAAUAAA